UGGCGUUUCUCUCCCUUUUUCCGGUUCUUUUCUUUUUAUUUUCUUUUCUCAGACGUCUCGGGUCUCCAAAAGAAAACACGGGCUUUUAUGGGUUCAUUUCUAGCAAUUUGGAACUCAAAAUUUGGGAGUUUGAUUGCAGGAAAGGUUAGGUUGAUUUUAAAGAUGUUAGAGCAAUUACUGAUAUUUACAAGAGGAGGAUUGAUCCUCUGGACAUGCAAAGAGCUUGGGAAUGCUCUUAAAGGAUCACCAAUUGACACCUUGAUCCGAUCCUGCCUUUUGGAGGAACGCUCGGGUGCUUCAUCAUACAACUAUGAAGCCCCAGGUGCUGCCUAUACACUAAAAUGGACAUUCCACAAUGAAAUGGGGCUUGUAUUUGUGGCGGUGUAUCAGAGGAUCCUUCAUCUUUUAUACGUUGAUGAUCUUCUUGCUAUGGUAAAGCAAGAGUUCUCGGAAAUUUAUGAUCCAAAGCGGACAUUUUAUAAUGAUUUCGAUGAUGCAUUUCGUCAGCUUAGGAAGGAGGCUGAGGCUAGGGCUGAAGUAAUCAAGAUUUCAAAGCAGAUGAGUCAACCUUCGAGUAAUAACAUUGGUAAGAAGCAGGGGAAGGUGCAGAAGUCUGGAUUUCAAGGAAGCAAUGAGAAAAAAAGCAGUGGAGUAUCUGGGAAGGAUGAUGGGGAAAGUGACAAUCUAAAAGUUCACAAAACAGCAAAUGGGCAUGCCAAUGGCAAUCAUGCUGCAACUAACGAGUCACCCUUUAAGGGUAUUGUAGAUAGUAAAGAGAAUGGGAGUUCCAAAACUGGGGCUUUCGAUGUAAAUAAGCUACAGAAACUUAGAGCUAAAGGUGGGAAGAAAACUGAUAGUGUUGUUAACAAGAGUUCCAAGGAAGAGGCGAAGAAAAAGAUAACAAAACAGAAUCGUGUUUGGAGUGAUUCACCUAAAGAGUCAAAGUUGGAUUUUACAGAUCCAGUGAGUGAGGAUGGGGACCAGAAUAUUGCAGUUGUGGCAGCAGAUGAAGGUGAUAGUAUGAUGGACAAAGAAGAGAUUGUUAGCAGUGAAGGUGAAACUGAAGAAGAUGAGGAAACAGGGAGGGAUAAGGUUGAAACAAAGCAAAAAGGGUGGUUCUCGUCCAUGUUUCAGAGUAUUGCUGGGAAAGCCAAUUUAGAGAAGGCAGACCUAGAACCAGCUUUGAAAGCUCUUAAGGACAGGCUCAUGACCAAGAAUGUGGCUGAGGAGAUAGCUGAAAAACUUUGUGAAUCCGUGGCAGCAAGUUUGGAAGGUAAAAAGCUUGCUUCCUUUACAAGGAUAUCUUCAACAGUGCAGGCAGCAAUGGAAGAGGCCCUUGUCCGAAUUUUAACUCCUAGACGCUCGAUUGACAUAUUGAGGGAUGUGCAUGCUGCUAGGGAGCAAAGAAAACCAUAUGUUGUGGUUUUUGUUGGAGUAAAUGGAGUUGGAAAAUCUACCAACCUUGCUAAGGUUGCUUACUGGCUUCUUCAGCAUAAUGUCAAGGUUAUGAUGGCUGCAUGUGAUACCUUCCGUUCUGGAGCUGUGGAACAGUUGCGGACUCAUGCACGAAGACUUCAGAUCCCUAUUUUUGAGAAGGGCUAUGAGAAAGAUCCUGCAAUUGUAGCAAAGGAAGCAAUCCAGGAGGCCAAUCAAAAUGGUUCAGACGUGGUUCUUGUUGAUACAGCUGGUCGAAUGCAGGAUAAUGAACCAUUAAUGAGAGCUCUGUCAAAGCUUAUAAACCUCAACAGUCCAGAUCUUGUCCUGUUUGUUGGUGAGGCAUUGGUCGGGAAUGAUGCCGUUGAUCAAUUAUCGAAGUUCAAUCAGAAAUUAGCUGACCUCUCAAACUCUACAAAUCCCAGACUGAUUGAUGGAAUUCUGCUUACUAAGUUUGAUACCAUUGACGAUAAGGUUGGAGCAGCAUUGUCAAUGGUAUACAUAUCUGGAGCACCAGUCAUGUUUGUUGGCUGUGGACAGUCGUAUACGGAUCUCAAAAAGCUCAACGUCAAGUCCAUUGUCAAGACACUCCUUAAAUGAACAGCAAAAAAUUGAUGAGCAAUGAGAAUAGGAAAACAGGAGCUCGUCUCACCACCCCUUAAUUUCCUUCUGCUUGCUAUGUUGAAGUUUAUUGUGAACAUCUCUCUGCUUGCUGCAAUCUGUGUAUUGUCCCCCUUUGAUAUCACUGCUUUGAUUUUGAAGGUGAAUUAAUUUGCUCGUUCUGAAA